UGAAGGAAGGAUGGAAUGGAAUGGAUGGAAAGAUAGGUCAGAGACUGUGAGGUCUUCUCGUAUUUGCCUGCAUGGAUCCGGUGGUACUGGAUGGAGGCUGUGCUUGCCCUAGCAGACUGGGCAGGCCACUGUCAAGGUCGGCUGCGUUUGGGUGACAUGCGCCAAAAGCUCACCUAAAGAGCCGCCUAAGACCACCUCACCUAGGUACCUAACCGAAACAGACAGCCCGUUGGUCGCGGCCACAUUGAUCCGGACGUGUCUAGACCAUGCUCGAAGCUGGGUUAGGUUUACCAGUGGAGGACUUGCGAUUUUUUUUUAAGGUUGCCCGUGCCGAUAUGGAACUUCAGUCAGAAAGCCACAUAAUAGAGCCAGCGUUUCGUCUCAGUAGAUGUCACUAACCGAUUCGACUACGAGCCUGUCUAUGCCAGUUUUUGGGGCGAUCUAUUGUUUCUGUUUCUGCAUGGUCCCCUGAAUGAUACAUAAGAAUUGUUUUUAUACCGGUAUGCAGGUGCGCUGUUGUUCCCGGCAGGGAGACGCGAGUUGGGCAUGUAUUUACCGACCAUACUGGUAUGAUGAAUGAGACAUUCCCGACUCCUCCACUUCGAAUUGGUUCCUUCAUAAACCCUUUUUUGGCUCACCUUAAUCUACUCAACGGUACUCUGUACUCUUCACAGCUUUCAAAUCAACUGGCUAUAUCAUCCAUCUCGAAUGGGUCUCCCACCCCUGUCAACCGACCCUCUAGGAGUCGUCGUCAUCACCCUUCUGCACUCAACUGCUCAUAUGGAGACAAACACAUGUCAGUAAACGCCUAUCCGUACAGAGUAUGUAAACGCCAUCAACAAACGGCUCCCUCCAGGUCCUGGCCCAUUACUAUGACAUAGCUCAUCUUCAGGGUCUUGUCAACGAAAUUGCAAUAUUGUCUCCAUCAAGUGAUUAUCCACUCUAUCAUUGUCUGGGGGAUCAAAGACGGAGCAAUAAAUGGGAGGCUGGCGUCGUCCGAUGGGGAAACGGGCAUCACGCAUGGAUGCAUGGGAUGUCCCCUAAAAAGAUACGUUCCCAUUCAAAAAUAGCAUCGACCCACCAAAGAACCUGAUCCCCCCGGAACGCCAUGCCAAAAACUCCCCGUCUUCCCGGAUCGCCAAUCAUACCUGGAGGAAGAUAUCUACCUAUUCUUUCGCUCUUGGGCUUUUUAUCCGUCUCCAUUGUCGUCAUGCUAUUGCUUCCCAGAUGAUCUUAUAGCCAUGAGAAACCCACCUUCUACGACAUGUUGUCAAGGUUAUCUCUUCUUCUCAAUUUACAGCAUCAUGCUAGACCUCCAUCUCCCCCCCCCACGUACUAAAACGACAACUGUCUGAGAAUCGUGGUAGUGUUCCUAAGGCCUCUGCCCCUGUGGCCCUACUUGGUUCCGUGUGGAGGUGUGCCCUGUCAUCAAGUUCCUCCUUGCUUAUUGCAAAUACUGUAUCGCCAACCUCGCUUCCUAUAAACGAAGUCUCAUCCACCACUCAGAUCCUUUCUCGUGGUCUCAUCUGUUGAUUUGUUUCAUAUCGAGAGUCGGGCAGUAACGUGUCGUUGAAUGUUACGUCACUCUAGCUGGAUCCUUUUGUCGAUCUGUGUGAGGCUGUGUCGGGAAUCAUGGGGAUGCUUAAUAUCAGCCCAACUAAUCCUUUUCUUCGACCCCUAUCUCCUAGCCAUAGCCUUCCAGGUCAUACCCACAAGAAGCAGGGCUAAGCAAGUACUAGAUGGGCACGCGUAGGAAGAGUGAACCAGCUCAGUCUACCGUCUGUCAUGAGGUUAUUCGGACUAAGCCAUACACAGGAUAGUCAAGUGGUCUCAACGGAGAAGCAGAGACACC